AUGAUAUCGGUAGCAUUUCAUGGAACAAGAGCAUAUCUUAUAGACAAAAGUCUUAUACCAAUAGUUUUGUUAUGGUUAGACCCAGUUGUUGGAUAUAACUUCAUAACAUAUGGUUCAUUCGAUACGGAACGUUGCAGUGAAGGCUUACUUUACAUCGUUCAGAAACCGAAGGACUUCAAUACAAAAAGAUAUAAGAUAGGAAGGACAUAUAAUAUAACUCUAAGAUAUGACUCUACAGUCAAUAGAGUCAAGGUUGUGUUUGUUAAUGAUAUGAGAGCUGCUGAAACAGAACUACUUGAAAAGUUUGAGAAAAUGUAUGGUGCUCCCACGAAAGGUAAAGAAACGUUUGAAGUAGAUGAGAUAGAUAAAGCUAUAAAAUUAUUUGACGAAGUUGCUGAAAAAUACAUGUAA